GAGCGAGCAAGCAGGCAGGCAGCUGCCAGGAGCUCUUCCCCGCUUGCUCACGCCUUGCUCUCAGAAGCUCCGGAUCCAGACACACGCGAGGCGCUGUCCUUUCAGCACCACAAGCGCGGCCUGAGGAGGGAGGACUCCUGGCCAUCCUCCUCCUCUUCAAAUUGGCUGGAAUCUGUUCUGACCCACGAGAGUGCAACACAGUCUGGGAAAAAAGGUGUAAGGAUGGUGAAGCUGAACAGUAACCCCAGCGAGAAGGGAACCAAGCCGCCUUCGGUUGAGGAUGGCUUCCAGACUGUCCCUCUCAUCACUCCCUUGGAGGUUAAUCACUUACAGCUGCCUGCUCCGGAAAAGGUGAUUGUGAAGACCAGAACGGAAUAUCAGCCAGAACAGAAGAACAAAGGGAAGUUCCGGGUGCCGAAAAUCGCUGAAUUUACGGUCACCAUCCUUGUCAGCCUGGCCCUCGCUUUCCUUGCCUGCAUUGUGUUCCUGGUGGUUUAUAAAGCCUUCACCUAUGACCACAGCUGCCCAGAGGGAUUUGUCUAUAAGCACAAGCGCUGCAUCCCGGCCUCUCUGGAUGCCUACUACUCAGCCCAGGACCCCAACUCCAGAAGCCGCUUCUACACAGUCAUCAGCCACUACAGUGUGGCCAAGCAGAGCACUGCUCGGGCCAUCGGGCCCUGGCUGUCGGCAGCUGCUGUCAUCCAUGAGCCCAAGCCGCCCAAGACCCAGGGCCAUUAGAGGCCUACCCCGGCUGGAGUGAGGGGUGGAGGAGAGGGGGGCCCCCUGUUGGCUAAGUUACAAGACAACACUGUA